AUCCUACCAAGGCGUGCACCUGACUGCAGCCCCAGGGACAUCUCAGGGCACAAGUAGAGUGUGAAAUGGCUGCUUGGGGAGUGCUUGGCCUGACUUCUGCCUACACCUCGAUUCGAUAAGUUUCUGAAGAAGGAGUGCAAUACACCUACAUGAAGGGGUGGAGUGUCUUCUGCUGGACAAAUGGAUGGAGUGAACGCUUGCCCUCCCCAGUACUACUGUGUAAUGUGAGGCAGCUAAACGUGUGGCUUUGAUUGUUCUCCUACUGCUUCUCUGAUUUUUACUGAAGACACCUUGCUGCCCCGAUGCCAGACAUCACCUGAAAUGAGAAGAGAUGCUCAAGUGCUGCGAAGAUGAACACUGCUUUCCUACAAAUUCUUUAUGAUUCAGCUUACUGAAGACAAGAACUGAAGGCAGCACUCGUGCUUCCUGUUCCUGCUCCCAUUGAAGGAACGCAGACCUUGUUUUUGCCAGCGCUGAGAAAGGAGCGGGGAUGUUACUUUUUACAGAUCUUGGCAGCUCUCUUGGAAUUCCUCAGCAUGCAGGCACAGACAGUGGGGGUACAUAGGGAAUCCUCCAGCAGCUGCAAGCAUCAGUCCAGCCCCUGUGCUCCUCCACAGUCCCAGUGCUCCCUGGAGUUUCCUUACAGGCUUCCUCUCUGGCUGGGGAAGGUUCACGCCUGCUCAAUACUGGGCUAGUCCUAAAUCUGCUUGAAGCAGGAUCUCAAUGGCAGUUCAAAUUAUUUUUUGUUCCUUAUGUGCUAUGGACUCUCUGAAUACCUCUGUUUUGAGCUCCACACAGUGCUAAGGCACAGCACUUUUUGACAAAGCAGGAAGGCUUUGUUAUUACAGAACAUACUGCGCUGCUUGUAGCAGUUGUAUGCAGUUGUGUGUAAGAGCGUGCUGACAAGAGACCAGCUUUGAUACUGGUGACACAGCAAGGCAAGUUUAAAGAUAUUGUUGCAAAUGCGUAUUUAACAUUCACACUGCCUGUGAGUCUCUGUGCUCUUUACUGAGAUCCUGGCCAACAAUUUGGGGGGCUGCAGUCAGAAUCACACCACAUAGCGCCAGAAAUCUCAGCUCACCAGGAACACUUCUGUGACAAAAAAUGCCCCCUAACAUGGAAUGUUGAGCCACCAAUGAGCGUUUUUAUUUUAUUAUUUCAAUUACACCGUUCCCAAGUCAAAUGUAUUUUGCUGAGAUUUCCUGUGUUGUUCUGUGAUUGUUUGAAUUCCUAUUUUAUUUUCCACUUGGCUGUCACAACAAAGCUGAAGGAUCACAUCAUAGGACCGGGAGGUAGAAGUUGUCUAGGACUCAAUCCGUGUGCUUUGUGGGACCACUUAAACUACUGUCUUGCAAACACUUCCUCUCCUUUAUGUGUAAAGCAAUCUGAAAUGCUAGCACACAUCACAAAUACUGGGAGCUUCUCCCUAUUAAAUGCUUGUCAGGCAUUCAAGACACCCUUCUGGAAGGUGACACUGAAGCACAGUGUUUCAGUUGAUCCUUUUGGAAAAUUCUGGGUCAGGUUCCUUCCUUUACUGGACUUAACUGGAGUCACUGGACAGUGGUUGACUGACCUGCAGAGAAGUUUUUGUACUGACUGUUUAGUAACCAAUACCAGUAAAUUGAUGCAACUCUGAAGUGGGCUGAAGUAAGAUGAGUAAAAGUGAUUUUACUGAUGGAGCUUAUUUGUACAAAUUUAUCAAAACAAACGAUUCAGCAUGUCUUCUGUGCCAGUGUAUCUGUGUCAGCAGGAACAGCUGUGGUCAUUUAAUUGUAUUUAUAAGUUUCUGGUGUUUCACUUCUCCCUUCUUAGAGGAGUUAGAUUCCAACCAGUGCUGAAUAUUUUACACAAGACAAUCUUUGGUAACAUAAGCAAUCCCUCUUAAGAUUUUUUUGCUGCCUCCUUGAAAAUUUCAAGUGACUGCUUAUAAUUUUUGUGAGCUCAGCAAUUUGUUAUGUUUAUUCAUACAAUGUGUACAAAAAACUGUUUUGUAUAAUAGUGUUUGUGGAGGCUUAAAGCACUGUAUUCUAUCACCAUUAAAAUGUUUCUUUGUAAUUCUGCUCACACAUACAGAAACAGUUUACUGUCAGGAAAAGGAGGGCUGUGUUCCCAACCAUGUACUAAAUGGAUAAAAUUCCAGCAAAUUGAAUUGGAAGAGUAAAGACAGUCACACAUAACCUUCACUCUGUCCUCUGUCUUACUCUGCAAAGAUGAAUCAAGAAUGUGUUUGUCAUUGUACUUGAUGAUACCUCGUUCUCAUGCCCUUAUGUAUAUAUGGUUUUUGACAUAAAGCUCCUUAAGGCUGAGAUUUCUUCUUCCUGUGAGACUGUCCUCUUUACUGUGAUUGUGGCUGACGAUACGGUGGGCUGCAGUCAGAAUCACACCACCAGAAAUCUCAGCUUUUCAGGAACACUUCUGUGAAGCAAGUGUUGGACGUUGGACAAUUCCUGUCAUCCUGCAGACAUACCUUAUAGCAUCUCUGAUGAGAACUGGAAAAGCCUGGUUAAUGAAGUCAUCCAUAUUUGUCCUUCAGAUGGAACCACCUUGGUGGGAACUGCUUGCUGGUGAUGACUUUCAGUGAUGUGCCUUUUAGUAGGUUUAUGAUUUAAUUCAGAAUGAGAGUUAGCUAUCCCUCUUAUGUCUAUUCAUGUGAGAAAUUGAAAAUUGUGUAUAAAACAAUGUGAUCUAGCUCUUCCGUUUUCCAGUCUUGUGGUUUUCUUAAGUUCUGCAUUAUGGUGGUAGGAAGGAGAAGGACUCAACAUGUCCCAUGGGACCUAGGAUAUAGCAAAUCAUUGUCUGUUUACAUUGUCUGUUCGAUGAGGCACUGGCACAGGCUGCCCAGGGAGGUGAUGGAGUCACUGUCCCUGGAGAUGUUCAAGAAGUGUGUAGAUCUGGCAUGGUGGGACACGGUUAGUGGGCAUGGUGGGGAUGGGUUGACUGGUGAUUCUAGUGGUCUUUUCCAACCUUAAUCAUUCUGUGAUUAUAUGAUACUCGCUCUGUCAUCAGUGAACUGCUCCGAAGAACAGCCUGGUGUACAGAAACUGUGGCAGAACCAUGUCUGUGUGCUAACACUCCAUUGUGUGAGGCUUGGUAGGAAAACUUGGGCUCCAUCGAAAGCACCGCAUCUGAAGUUGCUGCUCCAAGCACUGUGGACGCAGUGCAGCAGUCAGCAGGACCCAUGGGCUAAAUAUUCAACAAUGACCUCCUCCAUGUUCUUAAUAAUCUUCCACAUGUGCAGCUUUUGAUGUAAAUGGGUGAGAUCUUGCCAACACAUCUAUAUCCAUGCUCCCAAAGAUUAGUAUCUUGUGGGAGAUGGUUGGUAGAGCAUCUUUUGCAUCCAGUUUAUUUCAUCAGUUUUUAUUUUCACUUUAACCUUGGUCUCCAUCUGCAGCUGCUGGUCCACCAUUACCAGCUUUUUCUUCCCUUCUGUUGAUAGUUCUUUCCUCUUGUGCCCCUGCAAUCAUUUUAUCCACAGUUAUCCAUCCAGAAAUAGCUUUCUUUUAGGAAAGUCCAUGUAAGUACAAGUAUUCUGCCAGCAUAAACAUAAGCACAUAGUUUUGUCACCUGCUCUGCCGUUAUGGAAAAUGGGACCUGGCUGUCUCUCAGGCACAUGGGCACACGCUCUGCCUCCCGAGCCAGCCAUGCAGACGCAGCCAUCUUCUCACCCUCUUUAUAAGGGCUCAGGAAUGUUACAGGUCACUGUAGGGCCAUUUCUUGCCCUACCCAAGAAUAAGAGAUUCUUGUUAUUUCUGGUAUUUUUGGGCAGCUGAGAACUGUAAGUCUAACAAGUGCUGGAUUAUGGCAUGGAGGAAUAUAGGAUUUAUUGUUUCUUGAAAGAAACCAGGUGAUACAGGGGAAAUAGUGAUGCCCAGUUGUCUUUGAAAAUUAACAGCUGGGUGAUGAGUGUUGUUUUGAUGUUUCAUUGUCAAGCAGUUAGCUGAACUUUGUUGUACAGAUCUCUGUAAAGGUUUGUGUUUGUGCUUUGGUUCACGUCUAGCAAAACCAGAAAUGUGUGUCACAGAUAUGUUUUGUUACUCAGACAACAAGAACAGAGUUUGCAUGGGUGAAAUCCCUCAUGGUUAUUAACUUAGAUAGUUUCAUAUAGCAGGCUUUGUUAAAGUCAGACUUCCUUUCACUAGAAAAAUAAAGUAGUGAGAGGGAGAGCUUAGCCACUUGGGAGCAAUCCUCAGUUCAAGGUAUUGGUCCAUCUGAGAGCUGCCUCAUCACCUAGUUAAAUGACCUGGGCACACAUCCCAGCCUUGACCCACUUCUAGAGCGAGCUUGUAAGUCAGGAGCCUGAAAUCCUUUCAUCUCUGGGGAGGGUGUUAGCAAGUGUCUGCACACUGCUGAGGAGGCAUUUCGCUAUAUUCACCUGCCAGCUAGGAAUCGAGUGCAUUUUUCAACUAUUUCAUAUAUGAAUCUCGUACAUAGACAUCAGGUAAUAUCAUUUUCUUAUCAAAAGCUCAAAGCAUUCACUAUGAAGGCAAUUGUUCUGUAUGUUAUUAAGCUUACAGAUUCUUCUGUUCCCUGUCCUUUGUUCAGAUAGCAAGGAGAGAGUUGAGCUGAUUAAUUCAACCUUGCUGGUCAUCUUAGUUUUCUUGUGCAUUCAGUGGAGGAAGUCAGCACUUCUAGGUCAAGACUCGUUUCAUCUUUGACUUUGACAACUAAAACAGGACAGACAAACUGUGCACUGAACAUGUCCUUUUCUCUCAGUCGACUACAAAGGCAUUUUUUUCAGGCAUUCUUUAUUUAAUUUAUGUUCUGCCAUUCUCUUUCCAAGCUUGAUAUGGUUAAGCGAUACACACAAAUCACAAGAGAGUGCUUUAUCUUCAGUGUGAUGGUUUUUUAAAGAUCUCAUGCAGAUGUUGCUGCUUCCUUUUUUUUUUUUUUUUUUUUUUUUUUAGGAAUGGGGAUGAAUUUCUUAACUCAGAUAUAAUAAUUUACAUAAAUUCUAUGCAGUAUCAAUACCCACCUCAACCACUAGCUGAAUUAGCUGAAUGUGGGCAGUCAGAAGCAGAGUAUUUGUACAGUCACAGGCUUGUGAGCUUCUUGUCAAAAUUUUACUCUAACUCUGCUCUUGGUUAAGGCUCUGAUUCAAGAAGAGCCACAGCAUAUUUUUAGUACUGUUUUGCAGGGUUACUAUCCUCAGUAUGGUGGGCUGAUCUGCUCACAAACCACCUACCACCUCAGUUUACAAAAUAGUGGUUCAGAGUGCAGGUCUGAUCAUUAUCUGGUGGAAGUUCAUUCUUUUGAAAUCUAUAGACCUACAUCUGUUUAUACCAGAUGAGCAACUAGCCAAACACUGAAGUGUUGUUGGAUCCCCAAUCCAACUACAGAAGCAACCCUUUUUGUUUCUGUUAAGAAAGAAAUCAAGGCAGCCACCACCAGAAAUGCAGAAAGUAUGAAGUUAAACCUGAACUGGAGGGGAGGAGGUAGGGAACUGAGGCUUCUGAAAGCAAGGAAGGCAAAGAUAACUCUAGUUUGUCCUGACUGACACAAGAUGGUAAUCUUUGCAUCUGGCACACUGUAAACAUUAAUUAUGGAUACUGAUUUUAUGAUACAUUUCACAUGGGUGUGACUCAGCCAGCAAGUAUGAGGAUUUCUCUCUGUGCUGACCUUUCUAAUAUUUACAUGAAAAAUGGGAGGUUGUGUUUUGGGACACAUUGUGAAAUGCUUCUCUGUGUCCCAUGCUUGGAUUCUUGGUCGUUGCAUCUCCUUUUGCUCCCAAACAUCUGCUUUCACUGCAGCUGUCCAGGAUGUGUCUGCUCCUCUCUGCACUGCCAGGGUGACAUCCUUCCACAUGGAAAAGCAGGGAGACAGAGGGGAACAGACAUGUGGGUCCAACAUAGCCAAAAAUGAAUUUGUCCUAUUCCUCCUCAAAAUAAGUCAAGUCAUCGUGAUGGUUUCUUAUUUUCUCUUCUCAGACUCUGUACAUGGCAAAAUAAAAACAAAAUGACCCUCUCUGUCUAUCGUUAAUGUCUCUCUGUAACAUUUUUAUUUGCAUAUGGCUGACCUGACUCACUUCAUUUUUGCUCUGAAAACUUUCCUUUAACAAAUGUCAUAAGUGAUGUUUUUCAUAUCUUAAAGCUCUAUUCCUGUAAGCUCUAUCUGUAUUAAGAGGCUGCUCAGAGAGGCUGUGGGAUCUCCUCCUUGGAAAUAACACGGCCCUGGGCUGUGGUGCCCUGCUCGGACAGGCCUGCAAGGCCGGAAAGGCCGGGCCUGAGGCCUCCUGGGAUCCUCUCUUCAGUCACCUGAGCUCUAAUCAUAUACGCUGUAGUCCUUAGCCCUCAGAUAUUUAAGUCAAGGCACUUAGGUGCUAGCAGUUCAGCACUGCUAGCCCAAGUGUGAAAAGAGUGGUCAUAAUUUAGAGACAUUUGGGAUGCAAGGACAGGGCCUUCAUACAUGCAGAAAUGGCCUAGGAUGCAAGGAUAUGCCCUCAAGUAGCACUAAGAAGGGUUAGAUUGGGUGUCAGGAAGGAUUUCUUCACAGAAAGGGUGACUGGGCAUUGGAAUGGGCUGUUCGGGGAAGUGGUGGAAUCGCCAUCCCUGAAGGUAUUUAGGAGAUGUGUGGACAUGGCACUUAGAGAUGUGGUUUAGUGGUGAGCCUGCAGUGUUAGGUGAGGGUUGGAGUUGAUGAUCUUAGGGGUCUUUUCCAACCGAAAUGUUUCCAUGAUUUUAAAAUGCUGCAUUUUUUCAGUGGCUUUCUUUUCAGACCAGAGCAGUCAAAGGAUUUAAGAUCUCUCUGGAAACAUCACCAAACCUCCACUGUAUUCACAGGAGCUGAGAUGCUCCAGUUGAAACCACCCCCUGAAAGCCACCUACCCAAAAAGAGACUUUCAGUAAAUUUGUAAUUGGGAGUUGAUGCUUUAUAUAAACUCCUACAAAAACUGAUGGUUGAGUAAAAUCUGUGACUUGCUUAGACACAGAUCUCUUUAUGCCUUCUCAUUUAUAGAUAUGCUGCUUUUUCAAAUGCUAGCAGCUUCUCAUAUUUGCCAGCAGUGAGAUCUACUGAUUUCAUUCACUGGAAAAAUGUAUAAGCUAUUCUGUUAGUAAUCUAUUAAGCUAUUAUUCAGUUAAUUUACAGUUGGACAGAAGACAUCUAAAUAGUCCCAGACCUAAUUUAUCUGUCUUGAGAGGGUUAUAUCUUAAUGAAAGAAACAGCGAGCAAAAAAUGAAGAGUUUGGCCCAAAGACGCCAGUCUGCACCAUCCUUGAUCUUCGUCAAAGCACUUAACAGAUCUAGAUCUGUCUCAAGGGAAGGCUGCUUCUCCCCCAUCAGCCCGGAGGCAUGUCCCCUUGUGCAGUCCUUCAUGUGCCACAACAGGACUUUCCUCCUUGAUGGCCACGUGCAACUGAAGACAGGCCUGCAGACCCAAGAGCGACACCUCUUCCUCUUCACAGACCUUCUGGUUGUUGCCAAGUCCAAGUCGCACUCUCAUUUCAAACUGAAGUGCCAAGCACGUCUCUGUGAGAUGUGGACAGCAUUUUGCACAGAAGAAGUCUGCGAAGGCAGCACCGACCCGGAUAGGUCCUUUGUUUUGGGCUGGCCCACCACAAACUGUGUGGCAAAUUUCAGGUCUGCAGAGCAGAAGGAAACAUGGCUCUCCUUUUUGCAAAGUCGAAUAAGGGAAGAGAAAGAGAAAGACUAUCCUAAAAGCAUUCCUCUGAAGAUAAUUGCAAAGGAUGUUGGAACCUGUGCAUAUUCUAAAACCUUAAAUGUAACCAAUGUUGAUACAGCCAAUGAUGUCAUUCUCAUGGCCCUGCAGCAGCUGGGAAUUUCUGGCUCUGAAAAAGACUACAAGCUGUGGGUGAUUUCAGGAAGGGAAGACGCUCCGUACCCUCUUAUUGGGCACGAAUAUCCCUUUGGGAUCAAGAUGAGCCACAUCCGCGAUGCAAUGCCUCAUGGCUCGAAGCACUGUGCCUGCCCCAGGCAGCUGCAGGGCUCCUUCCUGACAGAGCAGCUGCCCCAGGAGCUGCAGUGCCAGUUCGUGCUGAAGCCAAGCCGUCUGGCUGAGAGCCCACCGCUGCACGACUUGAGCCAGAAGUCAUUUAAAAGGAAAAGAUCCAUCAUAAAUUGGGCUUUCUGGCGUGGCCCAGGCACCCACUUGGACAACGCGCCCCUCUCCUCGACAUCUGCUGCCCCUGGGAAGCUCUUUGGCCUGCUGCUAACAGCCAUCUGCGAGGAUGACAACCUGCCCAAGCCUCUCCUGGACAUGCUUUCCCUCCUGUACCAAGAAGGCCCUUCCACUGAGGGUAUUUUCAGACGCUCUGGAAGUGCAAAGACUUGCAAAGAGCUCAAGGAGAAGCUUGAUUCAGGAGCUGAAGUGGACUUAGCCUGCGAAUCCAUAUUUGUGACAGCAUCUUUGUUUAAGGAUUUUCUUCGCAACAUCCCAGGCAGCAUUUUGACAUCCCAGCUUUGUGAUAAGUGGGUCUCUGUAAUGGAUCAAGGAAAUAACGAAGAGAAGAUAAAAAGCAUCCAAAGGUUAAUAGAGCAACUCCCCAGAGCUAAUGUUGUUCUGCUACGUUACAUCUUUGGAGUACUACAUGGUAUAGAAAUGCGAUCUGAAGAGAACCAGAUGAAUGCAUUUAAUCUUGCCAUCUGCAUUGCACCCAGCCUGCUCUGGCCUCCUGCUUCCUCAUCUCCUGAUGUAGAAAGUGAAUUCACAAAAAAGAUUUCCAGUCUGGUGCAGUUCCUCACUGAGAAUUGCUGCAAGAUUUUUGGAGAGGAGAUUAACUCCCUCUUUGGAGAAAUCCUGAUGACAUGCAAGAGAGAAAAUGGCUCAGAUGUGGCUUCCCUCCAUCUGAAUGACUCUUCCUACGACAGCCUGGAAAACGAGGCAAACGAUGAAGCCGACUCCUCUUCCAGCGACUGGAUCAAGAACCGAGAUCAGGAUAACAGGAGCAGGGAGUCUGUCUUCACCCUGAGUGAUGGCGAUUCAGAGCAGACCGAGGUGGAUGAAAUCCAAAAUAAAACCAAAUCAAAACAGUUGACAAUUUCUGUCGACGUACACCGUAAGUUUUCGUCGCAAGAAAAUUCAGAGAAGGAGUCUCUCUGCUCCAGCGCAUUGGGCUUCACUUCAGCAACUACCUCAGGUGUCCUCAAAACCCUAAGGAGACACAGGCGCUCCUCAGAGCCCGCCAUCGGCCUCCUUGCCUCCAGUUUUGUCCACACUGGUGAUGGUCACGAGAAGGCAGCACGCAAAGCCAGCUGUGAUGUUGUCCUCUCUUACGAAGAUGAAGACUAUCUCCAUCAGCUUCGGUCAUUGCAAAUGGAAGGACAAAAGCUUAUCAAUCAGAGCUUGAUCAUAGGGAUUAAUGUUGGUAAAAGUGACAACACAAACCAAAAUGUUGAAAAGAAAGACUUGUCCCAUUGCCUUCUGCCUCCAACGCCAGAAGGAUUAAAUAUUUGCUCAGGAUUUAGCUCUUCUAGCCUGUCUUCUCCCGGGACAUCUCCAUCUCUGUCAUCAAUGAGCUCCCUGGACAGUGCUUUCUCUCAGUUUUCAGACCAAUCUGUGUUUACCCCAACUGAAACCUCCUCCCCUUUUGAUAUCAGCACUUUUCAGCCAGUAAAGAAACAUGAAGAGACUGCCGCUGAGCCCCCUGAUGACUAUUUGGUUGCACCCAGCAGGGUGCCCCCAUCUCCACAGCCUACCCAGGCUUUGGCUGAGGGGAGCUUGCUGGAGCCCAACAGCAGGCCCACACCUCUGAAACUUACUGAAGGAGUCGACGGCUAUCUGGUUAAGCCUGACAUUCAGCCAUUACCUCUGAAAGCCGCAGGAAGAGACAGACUUCAUGAUCUGAGAUCAAAGAGGAGGUCUAGGAGAGGAUUGCAGCAAUCCAAAGUUUGAAGAGACUGACCAAAGCUUUUUUUUUGCAGAGGAAUCGUAACGCUUAAAAUAAACACCAUAAAGAAAAUGCCUUCGGUGUUAAUGCGUGUUCAUUUUAAGUUCAAUAUCCAGGUUGUUCAAAUUCAAUUGAGCAGUCCCUGAACUCAUGGGUUUUCUUUUUUCCAGGAAACUGUUAACGUUCCUACAUAAAGCUUUGCGAAAGAAUAUUGUAAGAAUAAUCCAAAUUGCUGAAAGCAAGCAAACAGAAACUCCUGAAAACCUGACAAGGUCCCAGGCUCUAAGUAAGAAAGCACCCUGCUCUUGGAGCCCCUCGGGCAGCAGGGCGCCUGCUGGGACUCCCCGUGACCACUCGUGUGUUGAGCCUUGCCCAUGUGAGUCCCAGUCAUGUGUGCUUUGACGUAGCGUGCAAAGUCAGUGUAGAUCCCAUAACUGUGGUAUGAUACUACUGUUCUGAAACUGAUAGGUAUGACCUUUGUUGUCCUCUGAGGAAUAAAUGUAUUGUUUUUUGUUUCUGAGGUACGUUCGAUAGGUGUAGUUAUUUCUCUCAUGCUGCAAAGGAAAGAAAAGAAAUAAGCUCAAAGAUAUGUGAAGAUAAAUGCUGAAGCUUGUAACUAACACCCCCCAACCCUCUGUGUUCAGUCAUUUAUUGUGCUUUGUUGGCUGUUCUGUUCAUGUUUAAGUUGUGAAUAGUUUCUUAAGAUCGCUGUAAAUGGCAUUAUGUAUUAUUGCAAGCAGAACACAUGUAAUUUUAUUAUGCAGCACCUAAAACAUCAUAUAAUAUAUUAAAAGUAUUGCAUUAUCUAAAUGCUUUGAGUUUGUAUAAUAUAUCCUGAUAAAUUUUGCUAUUAUAUAUGUUCUGAAAAAAUGUGUAUUUUUGUACUUGCAAAAACUGCUGCUAAUUUUAUGAGUUCUGUUUUGUUGUUACAGCACUGGUACUGAUGUGUAUGCAUUCAAUGCUAUAUAUUAAAUAUUAUUUGUUAUGUCA